GUAGUACUCCACACCGCAAACCAGCCAACCUCCUCCCCCCCUCCCCGUCGCACUCCACGCCGCGCUCUCCUCCCCCUUUCCAUUUCCGGAGCUCAUCAAUCCCACCCACGGUUUCUGCAACCACCACCCCCCCCCCCCGGAAAAUUUCAAAAAUUUAUCUCACACCAACGAUCUCUCUCUCUCUCUCUCUCCCUCCCCGUCUCGUCCCCUCCAAUCCCCAAUCCCGCCGCGCCGCCGCCGCCGCCACCGCCACCGAUCUCCAUCACCGCGAGCGGCUGUGCCGGCGUCCUGCCGCAUCCUCUCCGGUGAACGACCGUACGCGCAUCCUCUCUCGCUCUGUGUGUGUACGUGGCUCUCGUCCGCUCGAAUCGCACACCUCCUCGAUCCACCCGCAUUCGCCAAAUUCGUGCCCCAGUUUUUGCUCCGAAUCGGUAGAUCUCGGUCUCGGGUCGGUGCUGCCUUUGCCCAAUCGCGCGGUCCGAGAUUUUGGGCCGUUUUUGGUUUGGGGGGGAUCUCACCGGUGCUAUUUCCUUCCGCGAAUUCGCGCUGUUCCAUUUCAAAAACCACAGGGGGCGACGAGAUUUUUUCCCCCCGUACGGAUUGCAGCUUCCACUGUUGGGGGUACUGGUGCUAGUCGCGGCAUUGGAUCGACCGGCCAUUGGGGAGGGGGUUGGUGGUGGUGGGUUGGUGGUGAGGCCUGUGAUCCGCGCUGCCCGCCACAGCCAGAGACUUGGGGGGUGGGGGCGAUGAGAGCUGGCGCCGUGGCCUCGAAGGCGGCGGCGGCAUGAGCGGCGUCGCGUCGCUGGGGCUCAGGUCGUCCGGGAGCUAUGGAUCCUUGCAGCAGUCCAACGGCCAGUCGCCGGCGCCGGCGCCGUCUCCGCCGCUCGCCGCGAGGAAGGCCGGGAAGAUGUCCUUCGGAGGGGCGGGCGCUGGAGGCCGAGGCCUCCUCUUCGCCCGGAUCUGCAAGCUCACCAGCCGCCGCCGGCGGAUGCUCCUCCUCCUCCUCGUCGCCGCUGCCGUGCUCUUCUGCUUCCUCUUCUCAUCACUCGUCAGUAAAGAUGAAGAUGCACCACCUGGUAUUGAAACCAUGCUUGGAAUUUCUGAUCAAGUCCGGAGCUUUGUGAAUCCUGUUUGGACAUCUUCGGGUAGACCAAUAACCCAGGGAGAUUCUUUGAAUGGGAAUGGUUUGAAUACAGCAUCACAGACAGAAAAACAGUCUGACUCUGACAGUAGUCAUAAAAAACUUCAGGGUCUCUCAUGGAGCUUCCCGCCAUCUAUUGUACUGGAGCACCACCCUUGUGAAAAUUUCUCAUUUUUUCCUCCACCUAUUGACAGGAAACGCACUGGACCACGGCCAUGUCCUGUUUGUUAUGUGCCUGUUGAGCAGGCCCUGGCAUUGAUGCCAGGUGCACCAUCAGCAUCACCAGUCCUUCGAAGCUUAAAUUAUUUGUCUGGUGAUAAUUUGAUUUCAAAAGAGUCAAACCACGGUUCUUUGUUUGGAGGUUAUCCAUCAUUGGAAGAGCGAGACAAGUCUUAUGACAUAAAAGACUCAAUGACGGUUCAUUGUGGAUUUGCGAGAGGGAAGAUACCCGGUGUCAAUACUGGGUUCGAUAUAGAUAGAGCUGAUCUUUCUGAGAUGUGGCAGUGCCAGGGGAUAGUUGUUGCUUCUGCUAUUUUUGGAAAUUAUGAUAUAAUGCAACAACCAAAAAACAUCAGUGUUUUUUCAAAGGAUACAGUUUGCUUCUUCAUGUUUCUGGAUGAAGAAACAGAAGCAGCAAUAAAGAACACUACAACAAUUGAUAAUUCUAAAAGAAUUGGGCUAUGGCGGGUGGUUGUUGUCCGCAAUCUUCCAUAUUCAGAUGCAAGGCGCAAUGGAAAGGUUCCAAAAUUACUACUUCAUCGUCUAUUUCCUAAUGUGCGGUAUUCAAUUUGGAUUGAUGGGAAACUUAAACUAGUGAGGGAUCCUUAUCAGCUAUUAGAGAGAUUCUUGUGGAGAAAGAAUGUUAGCUUCGCUAUUUCCAGGCAUUACAGACGCUUUGAUGUCUUUGAGGAAGCAGAGGCCAACAAGGUUGGUGGAAAGUAUGACAAUGCUUCAAUCGAUUACCAAAUAGAAUUCUACAAGAGAGAGGGUUUAACCCAUUAUUCUUCAGCUAAGCUUCCUAUCACGAGUGACGUCCCUGAGGGCUGUGUAAUUAUACGGGAGCACAUCCCUAUCACCAACCUCUUCACGUGCCUUUGGUUUAAUGAAGUUGAUCGCUUCACCUCCAGAGAUCAGCUGAGCUUUAGCACAGUGAGAGAUAAAAUAAGGAAACGAGUUAACUGGACUGCAGAUAUGUUCCUGGAUUGCGAAAGGCGUGACUUCGUUGUCCAGGCAUAUCACAGAGAACUAUGGGAACAAAUACUACGAAGUCCGCCUCCACCCCAGCCUCGUUUGGUGCGCCAGCAACCCAGAAAGAUGCUUCCGGAUAAUACAGCAAAGGAACCUGGAAAAGCCUCCGGGUCCAAGAGGGUAUCAGCGAAGCGGACACGGGAUAAGAAAUCAGGCUCGAAACGAGCUCAUAGAAGUAAGGUCACUGGUGGGAAGGAAUUCAUCCAACUGUAAAUCUCGUGGCAAAUUUUGCUCCAUACGAUUGCGGUCAAAUUCCGGCGUUGGGUUCAUUAUUUAACCUCAAUUCAUUCUCCCCCUCUCCAAAGGCUCGAAAAUUUUGUCAGGAAUUGUUGAUAGAGGAUCAUUUUUUUGUGUUGUAAAUAAACAUUUUAGAAUAAAGACGGAUUCGACUAGCGGCUGCUUCAGUAAAUUCAAUA